CAACUUUAUUUUUUUUACACAUUUAUGCAUCAUCGCUACAAACUCCGGCUGACCCCUGACUAACCUUACCUAUUUCCUAAAUGUUGCAGCUGACUCAUCAGAUGACAAAUCACUAGGUUAGGGAUCGGAUCUUACAGCUAAAGAGCUAACGUGGCUGUAGUUAGUUCCACCUUUUUCUUCAAUACAAAGUUGUUAUUGUUAGUUGGAAGAAAAAGCAAUACUGAGAUCUAAGUUGUCUAACCUAAAGGCUUUUAGCCCAGAACAAAGCGAUCUUACGAUCCAUUAUCAAGACACUUAAUUAAUACAAUAUGGGAGAGAACAAUGAAUUUAGGGAUUCAGAUUCCCGGCGCGCGGAAGCACCAGAGUACAUCGCGGCCCGUCGCGAGAGGGGUAAAUUGGCCCAGCGAGCAUUUAGACAAAGGCAAAUCGACACAAUCCGGAGUCUAGAAGAAGAGAACCGCAAACUUCGCAGGGCCAUUUCGGCAAUAAGCGACGCGGCGGAUCGUAAUGACGCCACCAUAUCGCAAGCAAUCACCGAGGCCCGUAAGGUCGCCGGCAUUGCAGCCCCCGAGGUUAAGCGCGAAUUACCCGCGCCAGCGAUCCCGGAUUUGAAUAGCUCGAGCUGGUCGAGUAUCACUCCCAUUGAAGCUACAACGAUUGCAGCUCCUGCGCCAUCUCAGGAAAGCAGUGGUCUUGAUGAUUUCUCAUUGGCAUCAUUUGAGAUUAGUGAUCAAGCUAAUAGCUGGUCACAAUUCUUGUCAAUGACGAGUUCCGAUGCAUAUGAUUUAACGACAAAUCUAGACAAUUUUGACGGUGGCUUGGACAUGUCGAUAUCAAAUCCAGAUUACCUCGGGGGGCAAAAAGCCUCCACGGGGGUUUCAACCACAUUCGAACCAGAUAGAGCCAUCCACAUCGCGGAUCCCCCACCAGAUAUUGUUCCUUACAUGGGUGACAAGGCUUACAGUCUAGCUGGCCAAAUUUACUGGGCAGCGUUAGCUUUCGGUUUCCAAGCGCUACGAGCCAUAAUCUCCUCGACGACGCCUCCACCGGUAGCCGUGGACAUUGUUACGCAGCAGUGGUCUUUCACGUCGAAGCGUCUGGCCCUUCCGCAGAUAAUGCGCUUGAUGCAUGCACGACUUACUUUUCGACGCUAUGGAUACUUCCACCUCGCUGGCGCUAAGCAUACCGAGGAAAUAAAGAGCUUCUUAGACCCAAACCUAGUAGAACGUCUGAGUGUCGCACUAGGCGACGAGGUCAAGAAGGCGGGCUUUAGUAAAGACGACUUCCUGUCGCCGCUAGAUUUCGAGAAAGAGUUGCGGGAACGUUUUCGUGACGAUUACCCCAUAUUUGAGGCCGCACUCAGAGGUCAGGCGUUCGACCAGGAGCAUGUUGCGUGCAUGCGGAAAUUGAUACAACUUAUGUCGCGCCAGGCUAUCUGCUUUGGAGAUGGCCCAAGAUGGAGGCCGGAGUCCGUCGACACAUUAGUAGAUGGCUGGACAAUGAGUACAAGACCAUUUAUGGUACACUGACUUCUCAAGCAAAAAGUCUUAGAGGAUUAUUAUGGAUGAGCUCGUCGUGACAUUGACACUCUUCGUUUCAGAUGUUUACCGAAAUGAGCGAGCGAUCUUUUCCAAGCACAGUAAACGGUGUCUUGGAUAGUUAAUGUGUACCUAUAUAACUAAGACCUCCUUCAUCCAUACCAGCAAUAACUUAAGUCAAUAUACAAUAUAUCAGAAGUUUACU